AUGUUUACUGACAACGAAACCAAUUUUCUGAAUUUUGGCGAGCUUUUAGUGGUUGGAGAGCUGCAGCCAGAACCUACUCGUCGUAUGUAAUUUGAUUAUUUCCAUUCACUUACAAUAUUUCAGAUCGAUAUGUUGUCAGUUUUGGGAAGAAGCUUCAGGUAGCCGAAGUGUCCUCGGAAAUAUUAGAGUCUUUGUGUGUUUCCAAUCUGACUGUAGGAACCUUGUUGGUAGCCCGACUGCGUGAAUCGUUAGUAAAUUUUUUAAUUGGGAUUUCCGGGCUAUCACGCUUUCAGGCAAAGUCAUGGUUUCAUCGUCAUAAGCAAGGUAUUGAAGUUAGGCUCGAUUUUUGGAAGUCGCAUACCUCGCUGGACAAAUAUCAAAUUUGUCAAAACCCACGAUUCGCUUGCUUGUGUAUGUGCAAAUUUUUCAAAACGCAAGGACCAAUGUUCAAGAUUGAAUGUUCGGCGCUCACGACUGGCUGUUUCACGCACGCCGGAAUUGACUUCACCCUUCCAUGCGCUUUCAGUGACUCUCUUGGUAUUCUCGUCGACAGUAACACUCAUCCAAACAUUCCGAAAUCACAAAUCGGUAAUCGAUUCUGUUUUCUUUUUCGUUUCAUUUUCUUUUACACUAUUUUUCUACAUUAGUUUUAUAUUAUUAUUUUUUCCAUAUAGUUUGUAUGUUUCAUUGAGAGUCAUCCUAUUUUGCAGGACGCCUUACAUGUGUGGUGAAACCCAUUCUCAUUGGAGACAGCUGGCAGUUUGGAAUUCAGAAAAUAAUUUCAUUCGAACAGGUUUUUAUGAAACAACUGAGCAACUUAUUUCCAAUUCAGGUUCCCCAUUCUCAAAUAUCAAAUCUUCAAGAAGACGAACAUUAUGGACUCGUAACUCGAGUGGAAGGAGACGCUAUUCGAGACCUCAGACUUAUUUCCAGUCGGGAUUUCCCGCGAGACGUCCGCCUUUUCAGGAAGUUUAUACUUUUUAUUCUUAUUGCAUAUUGAUGAUUUUCAGCGGUUAUCAUUCUUGCGAAUCGACUCAUCCUGUGCGUCGUAACCGAAGUUCUUCGAUGAAUUCUCAGAGUUCACCAGGGACUUCUUCUGAGAAGCUUGUCAGUUCGGAGAGUCAUGCCUUAGGUUUGGAUCGACGUCAGAUCCUUCCAAAAGAGUUUUCUAGAACUUCUUGGCUUAUCCGUAAUUUUCCGCGUGAAAAAAUGCCGCGGCGUGGGACUGGGCUUCGGGCCGAUAGCCGCGGCUGCAGAAUCCGAACAAUCGGCCGGCGGCAUCGGUUUCCACGUCGACGGCAGUUUCCUUCGCAGGGCGGAGCGACAGCUGACUGUGCACGUCCAACGCGGAUUUGUCGAGGUUUUAUCUUUGAAAUUUAAUGUUCUCAGGUAAAUAAAUAUCUUUUGAUCGAAAAAUGAACCCGGAGUUUUCAUGUAUGAACUUCUGACUAGUGAGCUAAACCGAAAAUCGGAGUUUUAAGAUGCGGAUCAAGACAUUUUUUGAUGUACUGGUUGAAGAAUGAGAAAACUUCUCAAGAAUUACUUUUAGCAAAAAGUUGGUGUUUUCGAACGUUGCGAUUUUUCAAAAUUAUCAAUGAGAAGUCAUAGUGUUUUGGUUGAAUUUUUGGAAAAAAAAAACCUUAUAAACAUUAUUUUUCUUUUGAGAUGGAGACGUAACUUCUUUUCAAAGUUAUUUUGACUUUUCAGGUGGAAACGAUUUGUGAAUACUCCGGUUUUACGGACCACAGUGGUCUUCCUCUUCUUUGGAGUCACGAUCUCGAAUUUAUUGUCGACUUUUCGAGAGUUUUUGGGAACAAAGGCUGGUUCAUAAAAUGUGCUAUUUUUCACAGAAUCACUUUACAGCACACGGUUUGUACGUUGUGAAUGCCGUCCGUUUCCAUCGGUCUCAUGUUUUUGCUAAAUGGAGACUUGCGAGAAGAUCUCCAGUCGUUAGGGCGAUCGGAAGUUGGCAUAGAAUUCGUGAAAUUUCUCAUUUUGCUUUUCCAGAAGUUAGACAAGACAAGGCAUCGGUGUCGAUAAAUUUGGCUUCUCUCGGGAUAGGAUCUUUGAUUGGAUCGCCUGAGGUGCCAACAGAGUUAGUUAGAGGAAUGGAUCGAGACGCAAAAAGCGCCGUUAUGAACAGACGGUUUAUUUUUGUAAACUUGAACAAAAUCAUCGUUUUUUUCCAGAAAAGUCAGUUUUCCUGCUGUGAGAGUCACUUCCCCAGUAAAUGAUUUUUUCGAGGGCAAUCGUCGAACCAUGGUGGGUAUUUUUUGCCGUUUUUUGAGUUUUUAAAUGUUUUUUCAUACGUUUUUCUAAAGUUUCUUGGUUUGAAUGGCUUUAAAGAUGCGCAGUAAUGUGUAUCUUAGUUUUUCUGCCAAAGCGUCUUGCAGUUAAGUGAGACUUCUUGUUGGAGUUAUGUGAAGUCAUUUUAGAAAAAAAUUACUGCUUCUCUUCUCUGUUUUUUCUUUCGAAUAUUAAUUUCCGCUGAAGAGCUGCUCGACGUCCGCCUUCGACAACAUUGAGCUUUUCGACGCGCUCGUCGUCAAUUUGACAGGACUGCCGUCGGGAUCGUACCUCAACCUCGAAGAACCUUUCCCGCUGUGUGAGGUGGUUCACAACUUAGUUCUACUCUUCAUAAAAGGUGAUUCGAGAUCGACGAAAUAGAAAGCGAAACGGAGGAGCCUCCUGCGUUGGCUGCAGAGGAGCUUGACGCGACUGGCGACGACGAGAUGUGGCGUCAUCACGAGAGUCUGACCGAGUGGCUCGUCAGUGACGUCACGAGCGCCGAAGACUGCGUCGACGCCCUCCGCGAGCUCGAAGUUACUCCUGGAGCCGUUUCGGAAAAGGACCAGCAAAAAACUUGA